AUGGCUAUUUCACAAACCCGGAAAGUCACCAUCGUCGGUGCCACAGGCAAUGUUGGCAAACAUAUUUUGGAUGGCCUCCUCGCAGCUGGCCACGAAGUAAACGUGAUCACGCGGACCAGCUCUAAUAUCACCGUUCCUGACAAGGUCACCCUCCACCGCGGUAACUACAACGACGAGAGCUUCCUGGCGACCGCACUCAAGGGCCAGGAUGUCCUCAUCGCCGCCCUAUCAUUCGGCGCAUACGAGGUCCAAACCCCCCUGUUCCGCGCCGCGGCAGCAGCCAAAGUCCCCUACAUCGUGCCCAGCGAGUUCGGCGCAGACCCCAAGGCAUCCCUCAACGAGCACAUCAGCCUCAUGAAAGCCAAAAAGCCCUACCGGGACCUCAUCGAGGGGCUGGGGGUGAGCUCGUGGAUCGGCGUCGUCAACGGCCUCUGGUUCGACUACGUGAUGCGCUUCGGCGCGUUCGGCCUCGGCGUCGACGCCAAGGCGAGGACGGCCGAGUUCUUCGACGACGGGAACACGCGGACCAACUUCACCACCCUGAGGCGCGUGGGCGAGGGCCUGUCGGCCGUCCUGGGGUGGCCGGAGGACGAGCUUGCGGAGCUCAGGAACGGGUGGGUGUAUUUUAGCUCUUUCCACAUCACCCAGCGGGAGAUUUGGGCGGCGGCUGUGCGUGCCACGGGCACGAGGGAGAACGACUGGGCUGUGUCUGCGCGGCCUAGCGAGCAGGUCAUCAAGGAGUGCAAGGAGCAGAUUGCGAAUGGUGCCGGGAUGGCUCCUGCGCAGCAGCUGUUGAUGGCCUUGACGCUCGGUAAGGGCGUAGGUGGUGACUAUCAGGAAAAGGUUGUGGCUAACGAGAGGCUUGGUCUAAAACCGGAGAGUCUGGAUGAGGUGGUCAAAGAGGUUGUGGACGAAAUCCUCGCGGGCCAGUAA